AUGAUGCUCGUCAGCAGCGUCGCGAAAACCGGCAAAAAGCAAAAGAUAAGGCCAGAAGACGAAGAAAAGCUAGAAGCCAGUGGCACAACAAUUCAGUAUAUUCAAACGGACAAUAUAAAUAAGACGACUAUCUCUCUCGUUGAGACCCCUUCUUGUGAGACCAUCAAGCCGAACAUAACUUUCUCCAGUCGCUCCAUAGUUGUAACUCAGACGACAACUAUCAUGAAGAUCCUCUUCUACAGGUGCCUUGUCAUUGCCUAUAACUUCAUAUGGAGAUGUGGCACGUCAAUUGAUACAAAUACAAAUGGGGGAUAUUAUUCCCAAGUGAACAGGGACGAUUGCAAAAAGAUGGUUGAAGAAGGGAUCUACACAUAUACAAAGGGUAAUGAAAGAAGGAUUUUUCUAGCCAAGGGUGGAAGGAUGAGUGACUCCUUCGUUAGCUGGGGAGGGAUAACUAGGGAUUCGUGCAAGGAAGGCCCUUCCCUGUCAGUAAAUGGGAAGAGCUUUGAAAAGCACACACAGAACACCAGACUUGAACUCACCUAUACUACAGGCACUGCGAGACUGGACAUGGAGAGCAAGGUUCUGAUGAUGCCGAAUGGAAUGAGGUGUGAAUUGGAGCAAGAGUAUUGCGAACUGGCCGACUAUGGAGAGAUCUAUUGGAAACAGCCAGUUCCUCAAUGCACUUCGUCUCAAGGGGAUCAAUCUAUCAUUUACCGCGGAGAAGCAACAUUAGCAGUUAAUGAAGCUACCAAGGAGCGUUUUGUUACUGUGGAACAAGAGGGCUACUACUUUCAAAUCAAGCUUGAAGAGUGAAUCACAGGUACAUAUAUCUGUGGUUAUCGCUCAUUCUUCACUGAACAGCACCAAUGUGUCCCAGGCCUUACGUAAUUUAGUUAGUCUGGUUACACCAAAUGAAAUGAUCAUCGCUGUCAUCAACCGACCACUUGAAAGGAUGGUAAAUAGGAGCGUUUUAGAAUUUUUCAAGAAUCGCCAUUUCGAUUCUUGAAAAAAUCUUCCGCUGUUGCUGGUGUUGUGCUACGUUUGUAAUAUAGUUGAUACGUUGUAAAGUAGAUUUAAGAAUUUUCCAUGAAUUGUGUGACAUGUGCAUCUCACAUGUCAUCAAGUUCCCUUCUUUCAAAAUUCUUACAGACCACACUCGAAGCGCAGUCGGCAUAACCUUCGUCAGUUAUCAACCCAUUGCAUUCGUAUGUCGUAAUCGGUCGUUGUACUGCAUAAACAUUUUCCCAAGCCAUAUUUCAUGACAUAACACAUUCAAAUAUCAGUUUACAAAGUCAUUAUCCCAUGGCUGUUUCUAAGCCGUAUGCGGCGCCACAGGCGCUUACGAUGCAGUCUGUCCUUAUGAACAUUUCUCUCUCUUUUAUUUACUCCUUCCCGGGUAGAGGAAAAGAGCUCAAUAAUGACAUAUUUUGAUAUUGAGAUCAAAAUGUGAUAUUGGUUUGAUUGACAUAAGAGAUAAAAAUAAUAUCUGAAAAGUGCCCCUGACACAUCAUCAUCAGAUCAUAUAUAGAUCUUUUAAGAUCUGAACAAUAGCAGCAAGCUAUUCGUUUGAUCUUGAAAUAUCAAAUUUUGAUAUUGUUCAGAUGUUCCAGGAGCAUUGUUCAGAUUUUAUUUUCAGAUCUUUUAUCUCUUAUAUCAAUCAAACCAAUAUCAUGUUUUGAUCGUCAGUACUUCGCCUCUACCCGGGUUGCGAGCCUUCUCCAUGAGCCAUCGAUCGGUGAUUGGCUAAUGAAUACAUAAGACUUCAAGUGCCUCCAAAAUGUAAGCUUAGGCUAAGUUAAAAAUAUUGAAUAAAGAGGAUUCUGGUUUUAACCACCAAGUGAUACGCAUCGUGCAUGGGAAAGAAAGCCAAUUGAAGAACGAUAUUAUAUGGCGACCGUGACAUUGCGAGUGCAUAAUUAAAACUAGUGCGAUGGGAAAAUCCCAAUCGAAGAACACCAAUCAGAACGGCGACCCGCAGGUUACCGUUAUUCAAAAUCAAGAGCAGCAUAGUGAGGAACUCGAAGUGCAAACCUUGCUACUAUGGCUAAUUCUGAUUGUCGCGUGUGUUCAGCUAGUGAUUACGCUGUAUAAAGCGUACAAGUAAAGAGAAAAGAAGAUCGCGCUAAAUGCGGCUAGAUCGAUCGCGGCCCUAAAUGUGGUGUAAAGAGUGUAAUGACUGAGCUUGAAAAUUGAACAGUUGAAAAAUAGUUGAAACAUCCCAAGUAACAAUUUUAAUUUUAUCAAAGUUUUUUAGCGAUUCAAAAAUCCUAAACAUAAAACCAUUGAUGCCGACUUGAAAAUGCUCUCGAGUUCUUGUAUGCCUCAAUAAGCCCACGUUCUGUCUAGUUUAUAAGACUCAAUUAUUUUGGCCCCGGGACCACUCCGUUCCGGAAGGGACCGGACACAAGCUCCCGCCUGCUGGUCUUAGCCGCGGCAGGCGAUUGGAGUGGGCAGUCAAGACCUCUUUUAGUCCCGGGUCUCAGGGCGUUAGGCGAGGGGAGUCUUCGGAGUGCGAGUGUCCUAAAACUGGGAAUAUAAGGUGCAAAUUUACAUUUAUUACGACGACUUACAUGUGGGUGUGUCUGGGGUGGCGUUGAUCGGGCGUGGAACAGCGUUGGCCGCGAUGCAGAGGAGCGCUCCAGCAAAACGCGGCGUCGGCCGCGGUGAAGAACGGCGAGGGUACGACGCAAAGCGGCGUUGGCCGCGAUGAAGAGCUGUGUAGAGCGACGUUGGCCGCGUCGAGGAUCGGAGUUCGCCGCGCAGAAGGGCGGCGUUGGUGCGCCACGUGGUGGUGGCCGUAGCGGAAAAUAGCGUUGAUCUCGACCCAGAUCGGUGUGGGCCGCGGAAAAGCGCGGCGGAGCACGGCGCAGGCCGCGAUGGGGCCUGGCGUUGGCCGCGGUGUAGAACGGUGUGGGCUCCGUCGGGAAUCACAGCUGGCCACAGAGGCCGGCGGCGAAGAUUAUCGUUGAGCGGUGGUGGCCGUGGUGAAUAACAGGAUGGGCCUGGGCAAAAAUAGGUGUGUGCCACGGUAAAACGAAGCACAGUUCAGCGUGGGCCGCGAAGAACAGCGCCGCGUCGGCGGCGUCGAGGAUCGCCGUUGACCACCGAGACGGGUGGCCAGGACCACGGCUAGGAUCGGCCCUGAGCGGCUGGCGCCGCAGCGACAACCAACGUUGUCCGUGACGAAAAACGGCUAAACUUUGCUCCUGUUCGCUUCUGGAACGGUGAGGGCUCACUAAUCGUUGAGACUCGAUGCAAAAAUCGGCCCUUGGAGCUGGCCGGGGAAAUCACUAGACCCUCGUGGUGGGUCGGAACCUUCAGGGCUCCGGGGAAUGACUCCCAAGCAGAUCGUUUGCUCUGCACCGGAAAACUUGAGCCGAAACUUCUCUACCUUUUUUCCCACGAUCGUCACACUUCAAUGGUAGCUAAUUAACUGCCCUCGCCUCAUCAUCCCACUCGCUGUCACGGUCGCCCACUCGCGAUCGGUAACCCAGGACAGCUAGCGUUUAUCCAUUUCCUGGGCUACAGGUAACUCCCCUUUGCUGUCGCACUUGCCAAGGUCUCUCAUUCGUGGCGGUGCGUUUGUUUUAUCGCAGCCACCCACAGAUAGAUUUAAAUGCGCCGUUGUGGUUGAUCUAAUCUUACAUUAUUAAUCCCUACCGUCUCGCACUCUUCAUUUUUCAAAAUGUUGCCUGUCGGUAACAUAUCCCCCCUCUGGUCAAGCAAAAAUAAUUACAAUAUUAACAAAGGAGUAACAUUGGAAAGUGUAGCCUAAUGUAAACUAAUAAGAGGAUGAACAAUGGACAAAUCUGUACAAAAAAAACAUCAUUCGCUAGAAAUCAGUGUGCAAAAAAACGAAUAAAUAAUAACAAAAAGAAUUUAUAACCAAUUCGAACAAAACAUGCAUUGUUUACAACACCACAUCACGAGUAUCGAUUUACUAUAGCGGUCAAAAUUCCCAAUCGUUGUUCGAAUCACAACAAUUAACAUUGAACAAAUCGGGGCUCGUCCGGACGAGUCUUCACAAUAAACACAAUACGCGACACAAUCGAUUCCACAUCUACAACACACGCAUCGACC